CUGUGUUGUGUUGUUGUGUUCAUAUCAGUUGUUGUGAUUUGUAAUGUGUGUACGUAUAUACCGUAGUGCAUGUUCAGGUGUACUUAUACAAAAGUAUAGGUAUUUAUUUCUUUCAUUUUCAGUAUUUUCACACUUACAAUUUUCAAUCUGAUGCAGGGACUGUAUCAGUGCACACUGCCAGGUGUUUUGAAAAACAAUACUUAUGUUGUAAUAAGUAAUACGUCUUAAGAUUUAAUGAAGACUUGCUCAUUGAGUUUGGUCAAGUAAAGUUGGAAGAAUUUUCAAAAUUCAAAGGACAACGGUUUUUGUCCAUCAAAGAUCUUGGCGCCUCUUUGGUAACUUUCAUUUGAAACGAACACAUUUCAACAUGUCGGAACCAGCCAAGAAAAAAUUAAAAACCACCGAUUUGGUCAAACAGUUUGAAGAAGAAAGAAAUCAAACAGCAGAUUCAGUUAUGUCAUUCAAGUUCAAUAAGAAGAGAAUCAGAAUAUUGUCGGAGACCACCGAUGAAGUAGCAAAAAACAGUGAAGGAAUACUUUAUUGGAUGUUCAGAGAUGCUCGUAUUCAAGAUAACUGGGCUCUACUAUUUGCACAAAAAAUUGCAAUAAAAAACAAACUACCUCUGCAUAUCUGCUACUGCAUUCUUCCAAAGUUCCUCGAUGCUACUCUACGUCACUAUAAAUGGCUUUUAGAGAAUCUGGAAGAAGUCGCAAAAGGUUGCAAGGCUUUGAAUAUUAAUUUUCAUCUGUUGAUCGGAGAACCAAAUGAUGUUGUUGUUGACUUUGUCAAAAAGUAUAAGAUGGGAGCAGUUGUGGCUGAUUUUUUCCCUCUAAGAGUACCGUUAUUCUGGCUUGACGAGAUCAAAAAGAAAAUUCCAAGCAACGUUCCAGUUUGUCAAGUCGAUGCUCACAACAUCGUUCCCUGCUGGGUUGCUUCCGAAAAACUAGAAUAUGCUGCUCGUACAAUAAGGAAUAAGAUAAAUUCUAAACUAAGCGAAUUUCUCACAGAAUUCCCUCCUGUGAUCAAACACCCUUACAAAUCUGAUCAGAAAUUCAAAGAAAAUAAUUUUGCUACCGCACUGGACAAAGUAUUGAUUGACAAGACAGUUGAUAAAAUUGAUUGGGCAAAACCAGGAUACCUGGGUGCAGUUGAUCAGUUGGAUAGUUUUAUCAAAACGCGCCUUAAAUUGUACAGUGAAAAGCGAAACAAUCCAACCAUAAAUGCACUCAGCAAUUUGUCGCCAUGGUUCCAUUUUGGUAUGAUCUCAGUUCAAAGAUGCAUCUUGGAAGUUGCAAAGUACAAAACUGCUUAUAAAGCUUCAGUUGAGGCUUUUAUGGAAGAAAGUAUUGUUCGCAGAGAGCUUAGUGACAAUUUUUGUUUCUACAAUCCCAACUACGACAGUAUUAAGGGAGCUUACGAUUGGGCUGCAAAGACAUUGGAUGAACACCGGAAGGACAAGAGGGAGUACGUUUACACAUUAGAAGAAUUUGAGCAAGGCUUGACUCAUGAUGAUUUGUGGAAUGCUGCAGAAAUUCAGUUGGUUAAAGAAGGAAAAAUUCAUGGUUUCCUAAGAAUGUAUUGGGCUAAAAAAAUUUUAGAAUGGACCAAAUCACCGGAGGAUGCCCUGAAGUACUCCAUCUAUCUAAAUGACAAAUACAGCAUGGAUGGACGGGAUCCCAAUGGAUAUGUGGGAUGUAUGUGGUCCAUUUGUGGUAUUCAUGACCAAGGGUGGAGAGAGAGAUCCGUUUUUGGCAAAAUUCGCUACAUGAAUUAUGAAGGUUGCAAGAAAAAGUUCGAUGUACCUGCAUUUGUUAAGAAAUACGGAGCCAAAGUUCAUAAUAAAAAAAACAAGCUUAACUUAAAACCGUCCAAGUAAAUAUUCAGUACAAUAAAUGAUAAAUGAAAUGUUACUAGUACGCUGUAAAUCGUAUAAUUAUACUUUUGAUAUCACUUUUACCUUAGAAUUAAAACUAAGGCGUAGA